UGCAUCGCGGAACAGCGAGCCUCAUUCUGGUUCGACAAGAGGUUUAAUUCAUCUAUUCAGCCAUUACUGACCAGUGAUAACCAGGACAUCCCCCAGGAUAUUCUCCUGUGGUGGUUGCGAAUACAAGCCCAGAGCCAUCAGACACUCUUCAUUUGACAAACCAUUCAAUCCUGGAAUAUGUGUCGCGUGGCCAAGUGGUUAAGGCAUUAGACUAGCGAUCUGAAGAUCAUGAGUUUGAGCCUCAGGGGACUGUCCUGUCCCCCUUCCUGUUCACCAUCUGCACCUGGGACUUCAGGUACAACUCAGAGUUCUGCCACCUGCAGAAGUUAUCAGAUGUUUCAGUAAUUGUAUCAGCCGGGGUCAAGAGGCUGAGUACAGAAGAGUGGUGGACAACUUUGUUGAGUGGUGUUGGCUGAAUCACCUGCAGCUCAACAUCACUAAGAUAAAGGAGUUGGUUCACUCCAGGAAAGUGAAAACACCCUGCAUCCCCAUCUCCAUCAAGGGAACGGAUGUGGAAGUCGUCUGGGACCCCACAUAUCUGGGAACUCACCUGGGCAACAAACUGGACUGGACUAAAGACACAGGGGCUCUGUACAAGGAAGAACAGAGCCGACUGUACUUCCUGAGGAGGCUCCGGUCAUUCAACGUCUGCAGUUCUCUGCUGCAGAUGUUCGACGACUCAGUGGUGGCCGGUAUUCGAUUCUGUGCCGUAGCCUGCUGGGGCAGCAGGGUGAGAACAGCUGAUGUCAAGAAGAUCGAUAAGCUUGUCAGGAAGGCUGGUUCUGUUCUGGGGGUGGAACUGAAUUCCCUGAUGGUUGUGCCUGAGAGGAGGAUGCUGCAGAAGUUACGGAGCAUUAUGGAAAAUCCCUUUCACACUCUCCAUGACAUAUUGGACAAACAGAGGAGCAUCUUUAGCAACAGAAUGAUUCCACCGAGGUGUACCGCUGAACGCCACGGGAGAUCCGUUCUCCCUGUGCCUAUAAGACUCUACAAUUUCUCCUCCUCAAGUAUAUGGUUUCAUUGCACAUCUGUAUUUUGCACUGUUACUUUUUUUAUGCACAUUUUGUAUUCUUUUUCAUACCUAUUUCAUAUAUAUUUCUGACUGAUUAAGCAAUCUUGCAGCAAUAAUUUCCUUAAGGAUAAACAAAGUUUAAUUUUAUCUUAUCUUUCAGAACUCUGGGGUGUACACCAUCUGGUCCAGGUGACUUAUCUACUUUCAGAUCUUUCAGUUUCCCAAGAUCCUUCUCUCUAGUUAUGGUAACUUCACACACUUCAUGACCCCUGACACCUGGAACUUCUGCUGUACUGCUAGUGUCUUCCACAAUGAAGACUAAUGCAAAAUACUUAUUCAGUUCAUCCACCAUUUCAUUGCCCCAAUUGUCAUUUUGCUGGCUCUGGGCCUGUACUCGCUGGAAUUCAGAAGGAUUUGGGGGGGGGGGGGGUGGAUCUCACUGAAACCUUUUGAAUGUUGAAAAGGCAUAGACAGAGUAGAUGUGGAAAGGAUGUUUCCCUGGGUGGGAGAGCCUUUUCCCCGUAACCUAUUAUGGAAAAUCUAUCCAUCCGUCUUUCUGACGAUACUUCUUACAUUGAAAUACACACAGCUCAGGACACUACUUGCAUCGUGCUCAACCUUUUGAUCCCUGACUUUGUCUGAGUUCUUACCAAUAUCUGCCUCCACAACCUCUCCACCAACUGUUCUGUCACUCUGGUUCCCAACCCUUGCAACUCCAGUUUAAACCCAACCAUGCAGCACUAACAAACCUCCCUGCUAGGAUAUUAGUCCCCUCCAGUUCAGGUGCAAACUGUCCCUUCUGUACAGGUCCCACCUUCCCUGGAAGAGAGCCCAAUGAUCCAAAAAUGUUAUGCUGUCCCUGCUACACCAACUCCUUAGCCACAUGUUAAACUAUAUCAUCUUUCUGUUUCUGGCCUCACUAGCACAUGGCACGGGUAACGAACCUGAGAUCACAACCCUGGAGAUCCUGCCCUUUAACUUAGCACCUAAUUCCCUGAGCAAACACGAGGAAAUCUGCAGAUGCUGGAAAUUCAAACAACAAAAUGCUGGUGGUCCCUGAACUCACUUUGCAGAACCUCAUCACUCAUCCUACCCAAGUCAUUGGUACCCACAUGGAUCACGACUUCACCCUCCUAUUUAAGAAUGCUGAGGGCUCAAUCUGAGAUGUCCCUGACCCUGGCACCCGGGAGGCAACAUACCAUCAGGGAAUCUUCAAAGAAUCCACAAAGAUUUAACACCUUCUGACCCAUGUCACCUCUUUCUAAUCAUUUGAUUUCAUUCCCUUUUAGCCAACAGAGCUACACCUCCCCAUCUGCCUCCUACCUGUCCUUUCAAUACAAUGUGUAUUCUUGGACAUUAAGCUCCCAGCUAUAAUCUCUUUCAGCCAUGAAUCAGUGAUGCCUACAACAUCACAGAUGCCAACCUGUAAACGUGCUACCAGUUGAAUGGGCACAUUCAAAUACAAUACCUUUAGCCUUGUAUUCACCCUUUUCGAUUUUGUCUGCCUGGUAUGUUACAACUCAUCCUGUUGCCCUUCAAUACUACUCACUACUCAUUGCUUCUGCUUGUAAAUCUGAUACCUCAUCUUCAGCACUAUCAUCCACCUUUCCUACGAUACUCCUUACAUAGCUCAGGACGCUGGUCAACCUUUUGAUUCCUGAUUUUGUCUGAGGUCUUACCAGCAUCUGCCUCCACAACCUCUCCACUCACUGUUCUGGCACUCUGGUUCCCAUCUUUCUGCAUCCCCAUUGUUCAGCAUUAACCAGUCUUCCCACUAGGAUAUUAAUCCCCAUCAAAUUCAUGUACAAGUCCCACCUUCUCCAUAGAGGGAAUAGAGGUGCGCGCUGUUAGAAUGGAGAUGAGGAGACAUUUCUUUAGCCAGAUAGUGGUGAAUCUGUGGAAUUCUUUACCACAGGCAGCUGUGGAGGCCAAGACUAUGUAUAUUUAAGGCAGAGGUCGACAGAUUCUUGAUCAGUCAGGGCAUGAAGGGAUAUGGGGAGAAGGCAGGAGAUCGGGUUGGGGAGGAAAAUGGAUCAGCCAUGAUGAAAUGGCAGUGCAGACUCGAUGGGCCAAAUGGCCUAAUUCUGCUCCUAUAUUUUAUGGUCUUAUGAACACUGGAGAACUGAAAAAUGUGAUCAAUGGAGGCAUAAUGAAGAAAGCUGUAGCAGACAGUGUGUGUGAUGGGACCACAAUUCUCUACAGUCACUCGAGCUGAUGUGCAGAGCAGACACCACACCAAGCCCAGAUGCAUCCAGACAGAAUACUUCAUCUGGUGCAGAGACAAAGAUUGAAGCUGCAGCUGAGAAAACCAGCAGUGGCCAUGGCUCAGCACCAGCUCUUCCAGAGGGGGAUCAAGUCGAAGCCAGUGCAGAGGAUGAACUCCUGUCGCUGUCAGACCUGUGCAGUUGUGGGUAACUCUGGGAAUCUCAUUGGAUCCAACUACGGGAAGUUAAUCGACUCGCAUGGCUUUGUUUUCAGGAUGAACAAGGCCAAAACUCAGGGACAUGAGACUGAUGUCGGCAGCAAAACCACCCAUCACCUGAUGUACCCAGAGAGCGCAAGGAGACUGGAGCCCGAUGUCCGUCUGGUGCUUGUCCCAUUUAAGCCUCGGGAUCUCCAGUGGUUAGAGAAUGCCCCAUGGUCAAAGAAUCUCAUCCAGGCCAAUUGGGACAAGGCUGCCAUCUUGCACCCUGGCUUCUUGCACUACGUGCAUGAGGUGUGGACAGAACGUCAUGGCCGUUACCCGUCCACCGGCCUCAUCGCCCUCGUCGUUGGCCUGCACCUGUGUGACCAGCUCUCCGUGUUUGGCUAUGGAAUGGACGCCCGGGGCAAUUGGCACCACUACUGGGAGAAGAACCGCUGGGCUGCAGCCUUCCGCUUCACCAGAGUGCACGACGCCAACUUCGAGUCCAGGGUCAUCCGGCAGCUGGCCAGGGUGGGGAAAAUCCAGCUGUACAGGGGCCGGCCCUGAUCCCCCUCCCCCCACCCUCUCAGUCGGACUCAGCCAGGCGUCAUCAUAUCGAAUCAGGAACGCCAGGUUCUUCAGAGCAACACACACAAAGUGCCGGAGGAACUCAGCAGGUCAGGCAGCGUCUGUGGAAAUGGAUAGAAUUGACGUUUCGGGACUUCUCACCAGGCCCAUUGGGGGUUUGGAUCAGUUGCCCAGUCUUUGCAGCCUGUACCCACACCACUCACUCAGGUGCCCUCCUGAGGGUCUUCCAUUCUAACGCCAGCACUCUCUUCCUACCUACAGCUUGGCUGAGCUGUCUCCUCCUGUCUCAUUCAUAGAAGAGUACAAGCCCUUCAGCCCACAAUGUUGUACUGAACCUAUUUAAUUAAUAAUCAGGUCAUCUCCCUCAUCACCUUGGCCCCUUCACAGCCACCCUCCCCUUGCUUCAAACUUGCCUCAAUUUAAAUCAGGAUUCUCAAACCUGUUGCUCCCUCCACAGCUGCUGCCUGCCAGGCUGGCAGACUCCAGCAACUGCACAAUUUAUCCCUCUGUCUCUGCAGGACACCAGCCAUUCAGUGUUCAGUGAGAUUAUUCUCUGACUAACAGCUUGACCAUGAGACAGGUUGUGGGUCACGGACCCUCAUGCUAAACACUGACCAACACAUUGUCCAUGAGAUAGGUCAGUGGGACACUCAGUGCCUCGAGGAAUGGCCAAGGCUGCAGCACUGACCCGGUCUGUGCCAUCCCUUCCCCCAAGGUCAGAGGUCAUGUCUGUAUGAGCAAUUGGUGUCGUGCCUGAUAGCCAACUGUGCUGAGGGAUCAGGUCCUCAGCCUUGCUUAAGUAGAGUACAGCACAGAAACAGGUCAUUUGGCCCAUCACUUCCACACUGACUAGCAUCCAUCCUUCCCCCUAACACCCAUGGAGAGGGGAUAGUGGAGGAGGCAGGAAGGGCGAUGGCAGGGAUAAAGGGGACAGGGAGAGUCAACGAUAAAACCUGUGGGUGGGGAGGGGUUAACUCUGUAGUCUGCAGAUCAAAUGAAUGAUUGAUAAGUGGGGGGGGGGGGGGGUUAGUACAUGACAUAAGAUCGGAUCCAGCUAGGAAACUCCUUGUGCUGAGAUGCUGGUCUCACCACGUCUGUGAACUCUGGUUGGGACUGGGUACUCUCCUUACAAACUCGGAGUACGAAUUGAACAGCUGGAGCCAUGGAGAGAGGGUUUACUGAGGAUUUUCGGGGCUGUCAGAUGUGAGGGGAGAGUUUACUGAGGAUUUUCGGGGCUGUCGGAUGUGAGGGGAGAGUUUACUGAGGGUUUGCAGGGGCUCCCAGAUGUGAAGGGAGAGUUUACUGAUGCUAGGAAUGUAUCACAGCUCUGAGGGGCCGAAGGGUGCGGGGUAGCCCCCUCCUUUGCGAGAAUCGCAAGAUAACUAUUGAGUCAGUCCAGGAGACCCAGGAAAUGAGAGAAUUCACAAAGAGUGGAAUGUGUCCUGGCCUGUGAAAUGUGAAAGGCGGACCCAUUGAUACCAGCUAUUGUCUCUUGGAGCUGGACUUGUGUAUUGCAUCCUGCAUCGAAGCCCCAGGCAAUGAACUGAGGGAGAGGGUGGUGGAGUGAUUGCAUGAUCUCAACCUGAUUGACAUCUGAUACCCUGUCAGUCAGGAUAAAAGAGGGUAUGUGGGAACAGCCCCUCAGAUGCACCAGAAGAAACGCCAGUGAUCCCGUAAUAGCAAAAGCCAGUGGGAAGGCCACGUGCGUCCGUUUCCAUUUGCCCCGGAAUCGGUGGGCCUUGACCACGGAAGAACGGUUUUUAGCUAACAACGGGGAAAUCAACUCCCAACGACUCUCGAAGGAUUGACAUCAUAAAAGGACUAGGCAAGUUUUAACCCGUCUUUCUCUCAAAACAAAACGCUGCAGAUUGAAUGAACUAAAGGGACUUUUAUAUUUACAUCGGACAGUACAUUAUCCCCUAGACAACGAUAGCGUUAUUUCUUAUUGAUUAUUAUUACACCCGCGCUUUUACAUUUAGUCUUGAUGAUGUAUACUAUCUGUAAGUUUGCAUUGAUAUUAUUUUGUGUAUUUUUAUCAAUAAAUACUGUUAAAAAUAGUA